AUGGGGAGAAGAAACAGCCGGGGGGGAGACGACAGUAAGGGCAAGAUACGCGCGUACGAGAGGAGAAAUAGGCGCAGAAGCAGGGGGGCAGAGGGCUACAGAAGGAGUAAGGCGAGACAAAAGGCACGAGUACGCCGAAGACCGCAAGGGGGGGACAAGGAUGUGGGGCCAGCAGCAACGAUGGAGAAAGAGGGGAGCAAAGCCGACACAGACGAGAACAAGAGACGGGAGGAACAAAGAAAGAACGGCUCCAGGCGGGUCGACGGCGCGCCCAUAGAGUUUGAGGAUGGAAGAGAGAGAAGUAACGCGCGAGGAGAGCACGCCCUAAGGGGGAGAAGAGGGCAGCGCGAAGAUGGUACAGGCCCGAAGGAAGAAUGUUUGGCGAAACCGAGGGGACGGUAG